CGCGUAAGGGCUGACGGGAAAGAGGAAGGCGGAAGAGGAAGGAGGUGCAGUGUCAAGAUGGCGGCGACGCUGCGGAUCCAGAGCGACUGGAGUCAGGCGCUGAGGAGGGAUGAAGGCGAGGCUUGGCUGAGCUGCCGCAGCCCGGGGAAGCCCACGCUGUAUGGCAGCCUGACCCGCCGUGGGCUCAGCACCGAGGGCGUCCCUGACAUCGCUGCCUCUGAGGGCUUUGUGGUCGGCGAAGUCACCAAGAAAAGUAUUCUCGUUUCUUGUCCUCAUGAGAAUGUGUCCACCAAAUUCUUGGCACCAUACACAACUUUUUCCAGGAUUCAUCAGAAAAGUAUUACCUGUCUGGAUAUUUCCAGUGGUGGAGGCCUUGGUGUGUCUACCAGCACAGAUGGGACCAUGAAGAUCUGGCAGGCUGCAAAUGGAGAAAUAAGAAGACUAUUGGAAGGCCAUGUGUAUGAUGUGAAUUGUUGCAGGUUUUUCCCAUCGGGCCUUGUGGUUCUGAGUGGGGGAAUGGAUGCCCAGCUAAAGAUCUGGUCAGCAGAAGAUGCCAGCUGCGUAGUAACGUUUAAAGGUCACAAAGGAGGUAUUUUGGAUACAGCCAUUGUGGAUCGGGGAAGAAAUGUCCUUUCCUGCUCCAGGGAUGGCACUGCACGCCUCUGGGACUGUGGCAAAUCCUCCUGUUUGGGUGUCAUUGCUGACUGUGGCUCUCCCAUCAACGGCAUCGCUGUGGGCGCUGCUGAUGACUCAGUGAACCUGGGCACGCCUGAAAAAGCCCCCAGUGAACGUGAGAUUGGGACAGAAGGGAAAAUCCUGCUGCUGGCUCGAGAAGACAAGAAGCUGCAAGGAGUUGGGCUGCAGAGCAGGCAGCUGGUGUUCCUCUUUGAUGGAUCUGAUGCAUUCAAUUGCUGCACAUUCCUCUCAAGUACCUAUUUCCUAGCAGGGACUCAGGAUGGGAACAUCUAUCAGCUGGAUGUGAGAAACACCAAUGCUCCAAUCCAAAUAAUUCACAGAUCAGGAGCACCAGUGCUUUCUCUGUUCCCGUACAGAGAUGGAUUCAUUGCCAGCCAAGGUGAUGGAACGUGCUUUAUCAUUCAGCAAGACCUCGAUUACGUCAUCGACCUCACAGAGGCAGACUGUGACCCUGUGUACAAGGAAGCUGGAAUUGAUCUGUGCUUGGGAGUUUAUUGGAGUGGCAGCACAGUGCUGCCUGUCUUCGGCUCCUUAUGAUGUGAGACCACAAAAGUACUUCAGCUGUUCUGUGUCCACAAAGAUGGGGGACAGUGAGCUGUGCUCCCUGGGCUCCGCACCACACGGUACUGAUGGAAAUCAGCUUAGUUUUAAGUUGUUCCCCCUUCACAGUCCUUUCCUGAGCUGAUAAACACAAAUUUAGCAUGCAGUGUCAUUCUGAGCCUGAAAUUUGACCUGCAGAAUUCAGGGAAUCAUAAAAUCAUUAAGGUUGGAAAAGACCUCUAAGGUUACC